UGGAGUAUAAAGCCGAAUGUCUGCUCUUUGUGCCCAGAACUGAGCAGACAACAGCAAGCAUGGUUGCAGUUCUGACCUGGGCUCUGGCUCUGCUCUCAGCAUUUGCAACUGUCCAGACACAGAAAGGGUUCUGGGACUACUUCAGCCAGAGCAGCGGGGACAAAAGCAAGGUGGCGCGGGUCCAGCAGCAGAAGCUGACAUGGGAACCCACGAGCCUGAAAGACAGCCUUGAGCAAGACCUCAGCAAUAUGGACAAGUUCCUGGAAAAGCUGGGCCCUCUCAGUGGGCAGGGGAGGGAGCCUCCCGGGCUCCCACACGACCCCGAGGGCAUGCGCCAGCAGCUGCAGGAGGAACUGGCGGAGGUGAGGGCGCGCCUGGAGCCCUACAUGGCCGAGGCGCACCAGCAAGUGGGCUGGAAUCUGGAGGGCCUGCGGCGGCAGCUGAAACCCUACACCGUGGAGCUGAUGGAGCAGGUGGCGCGGCGCGUUCAGGAGCUGCAGGAGCAGUUGCGCGUGGUCGGAGAGGGCACCAAGGCCCAGCUGCUGGGCGGCGUAGACGAGGCGCGGGGCCUGCUGCAGGAGCUGCAGACCCGCGUGGUGCAGCACACCGGCCGCGUCAGGGAGCUCUUCCACCCCUACGCCCAGCGCCUGGUGACCGGCAUCGGGCGCCACGUGCAGGAGCUGCACCGCAGCGUGGCCCCGCACGCCGCCGCCAGCUCCGCGCGCCUCAGCCGCUGCGUGCAGACGCUCUCGCGCAAGCUCACGCUCAAGGCCGAGGCUCUGCACGCGCGCAUCCAGCAGAACCUGGACCAGCUGCUGGAAGAGCUCAGCGCUUUUGCCAGCGCCGGCGCUGGCGGCGCGGAGGAAGGGGCCAACUCCGGCCCCCAGAUGCUAUCCCAGGAGGUGCGCCAGCGACUCCAGGCUUUCCGCCACGACACCUUCGUGCAGAUCGCCGACUUCACCCGUGCCAUUGACCAGGAGACCGAGGAGGUCCAGCUGCAGCUGGCGCCGCCCCCUCCAGGUCACAGUGCCUUCGCCCCAGAGUUUCUCCAAGCUGACAGCAGCGAGGCCCGGAGCAAGCUGCAGGCCCGUCUGGAAGACCUGUGGGAAGACAUCAACGACAGCCUCCAUGACCGUGGUCUCAGCCAUCUAGAAGAGCCCUGAGGGUCUACUGAUCCAGGCUCACUUCUCGGCUCCUUGUCUGAGCCCAGGAUCUGAGCCCCUGGCGUGGCUCAGUCCUUGACAGUGGCCUGUUGGGCAGAGGGUGGAGGGCCCUGCACAGGAUAGGCGAGGCCACCAAAGGGACUGUUGUCCCUGGCAUAUCCAGCCUCCUGCGAUUCCCCCAUCCGGAUGCAUUACACUCACCAGGCUUUGCAAA